AUGAAUACACCAAUAGUUAGAUUAUCGGAUAAAGAUUUGGAAUCAGUUUAUGAACCUUCAGAGGAUUCCUUCCUCUUGAUAGAUGCCUUAGAAGCUGAUUUAGAGGUCCUAAAAGCUACAAAACCUGUGAUGUGUUUAGAGAUAGGUAGUGGAUCUGGUAUUGUAAUUACUGCUCUGGCAAUGGCAUUGAAGAAACACUGCCAGUCUUACCAUCUUGCGAUCGAUAUCAAUAUCGAUGCAUGUAAAAUUUCGAAGAAAACUGCUGCCGAAAAUUUGGUAGAGGUAGAUAUCGUACAGAUGGAUUUAUUAAACUGCAUACGUAGCGAUAGCGUUUUUGAUAUCGUGAUAUUUAAUCCACCGUAUGUGGUGACCAGCGACGAUGAAAUUUCUAACGAGCAGAUUUUGUUCAAAGCUUGGGCAGGUGGUACAAAUGGUAGAAAAGUUAUGGAACGAGUGUUUCCUAAAAUUCCUGAUAUUCUAUCGAACACUGGAAUAUUUUAUCUGUUAGUUAUUAAAGAGAACGAUCCCGAAAACAUUUUACGUACAUUUAUGGAUUUGAACAUGGUAGGCAAGAUAGUAGCAGAAAGAAAAAUCAGGGGAGAGCAUUUGUAUAUAUUAAGUUUUACGAAAAUAAAAUAGCAGUAUAUGUGUAUA